CAGUCUCUGUCGGUCCGUCGUUGUGAUAGGAUGCCUCUCUCUCUGUCUCUUUCUCUCUCUCUCACUCACACACUCACACACACAGACACACACACACAUGAGCUCUCUCUCUCUCUCUAAACGUACAUAACAGAAGAGCAAAAAACGUGUGUGUGUGUGUACGUGUGUGUGUGUUCUACUGAUACUGAAUCUACACACUCAUAUAGCUACUGGAUUUACAUACAUGAGUGUGUGUGUGUACGUGUGUGCGUGUGUGGAUUUUAAAAUUGCCACAUGAUAUACAAGUUGGAUUUCGGUGACACGUGGACCAGUUGAGAUUACCUGAGGACUACUUUAAUAAGAAGUGAGUUGUACGGAGGGCAGCAUGGAGGCAACGCGCGCCCAUCUGAACCUUCGUUGGGAGGACCACAGACAGACCUUCGUUCACCUCCUCGACCACUUUCGACUAGAGGGGCUGUACUGCGACGCUACCCUGGCCUGUGCGGGCGGGGCGGCGUAUAAGGUCCACCAGGCCGUCCUCUCCGCCGCCAGUGACUUCUUCGCCUCGCUCUUCGCCUCCGCAAGCUGCCAGAACCCAGUCGUUGUGUUACAGGAUGUCUUAGGCGCCGAACUUGAGGCCUUGCUAACCUAUAUAUACCGGGGACAGGUGUUGCUCCCUCGACAGACCUUACCUGGGUUUCUGAAAGUCGCCGGGAGCUUGCAAGUCAAAGGUCUGUCCCCUCCUCCGUUGACCCCCUAUGCAAGUGACUCCUGGGUCGCGGAUUCUGGGGACAUAGGAUCAGAUCUUGCACCACAGUCUACGGUACCGCAUCCAGCACAUCUGCACACGAGUUCGAAUGCUCUUCCACCGCCUCCACCGUAUCCACAUCAAGAUUUGGGGGGAGUCUGGGGUGAGGAUGAGGAUGGUAGAAAUGACGGCCCCCUCCACACCGCCCCCAUCACGGCCCCCCUUCCCCCACAGCCUGAGAGGGGUUCCAUAGGGGAGAUGGGAGCCAGGGAGAGACAUCGCCCCCCCCGGAAGAGGUUCUCACCCCAUUUUGGAGGUUCGAGUCAUUAUGGAGGGGGGACUUUUCAGAAUCUGGUGGCGUCGGAGGAAGAAAGUGGCAUCAAGGAGGAACCGAAGGAGGAGGAAAUGGACUUCAACACCGAGAGACUGGAGGAAGAGGAGGAGGAGGAGGAGGAGGAGGAGGAAGAGGAAGAGAAGAAGAGGAAAGCCUAUGAAGAAGAAAGGAAGGAAGAGGAGGAGGAGGAGGAGGAGGAGGGGAAGCUGAUAAUGGAGGAGGAGGUGAAGGAGGAGUUUUAUGAAGAAGAAGAAGGAAGAGGAGAAAGGAAAAUUGGAACCCCCUUGUCGAUGACCUGCUCCAGCCUCACCCCCUCCCCCCUCGCCCCCCUCACCCCCUCCCCCUCACACCCCACCCACUCCCCCACCGCCUUCCACCCCUCCCUCUCCCCCACCCCCGGCCACCCAGCCCUCCCCCCCCUCCCCGCCACCCCCUCCACCACCAACCCCUCACAGUUACGCAGGGAACUCCUCAAACCCCUCCAUAGCCGCCUCACCCCCCCAGCCCCCCACCACGCCCCCCUCCAACACUCUAUCCCCCACCCAGUUAUUGCCAGCAGGGAAGGGGAGGGUCUCGGGGUGCCUCGAGAGCCCCCUCCCCUGGUCAAGAUCCCCUCCUCCCCCCCCGCCGCCACCCCCCCUCUCCUCUCCUCCCACCCCCAUCACCACCACUACCCCCCCCACCCCCACCACCACCACCACCAGCACCAGCACCUCCACCCGCUGCAUUCUUCCUCGAGACAGAAUGACGAACGAGGCGCCACCACCACCAUCAACACCACAAGUACCACCAGCAUCACCACACCCUCCACCAAGUCUCACCACCACCACCACCACCUCCUUGUCAACACCCCACCGACUUACCGACCCCGACAUGCCCCGCCAGCACCCUCUCAAGCACCCCACACCCCGGGAACCUACCUCCCCGCACUGAUCGCUCACAAAGUCCCCAGUCUCAUCGAUUCGGACACCCCACUCAACCUUAGCCAGGACCACCACCCCCAACAGAUCCCAAGAAACCCUACACGGGGCAUACCAGGGGAUAGGAGAGUCAGGGAUUCCAAGGACCCUUUCUUGGGCAAAAUCCUGACGAACAGAAAACGUAGGAUGCGUGGCCCAAAGUCGUGGGAGUAUCUAGUUCGACUUUUGAAGGACCCCACCACGAAUCCUAAUCUCAUUCGCUGGGAAAACGAAUCCAAGUUUGUUUUCCGACUUGUUCAACCCGCUGUCAUUGCUCAGAGGUGGGGGAGGAGGACGGGGAAGCAUGCAAGCGAGUGUCUGUCCUAUGAGAACUUCGCUAGAGGCUUGAGGUACCACUAUGCAACCGGGGCCCUUCAACCUGUGUCCGAACGAAGCUUUGUAUAUAAGUUCGGGCCCAAGGCACUGCAUACUCUAGGCGAGGACGGGGAGUUCGUGGUGCCUGAAGACGUUCCUGCUGUGCCUAACUCUGUGCCUUCUCAUGUUACGUUUACUACUGCUACUGCUGUUACUGCUACUACUGUUACGAGACUGUGAUUGUGUGUGUGUGUGUAUGUAUGUGACUGCGUGUGAUUUACUGUUAUUAAUCUGCUGUCAAUACUACUACUACUGAUACUACUACUACUACUACUACUAUUACUACUAGUACUACUACUAUUAUUUGUGCUGUUACUGUUAAUAUAUUGAUGAUGACGAUGAUGAUGGUAACGGUUACGACCCAUGUAUAAAUGUUACUCGUCUUCUUCUUCUUCUUCUUCUUCUUCUUCUUCUUCUUCUUCUUCUUCUUCUUCUUCUUCUUCUUCUUCUUCUUCUUCUUCUUCUUCUUCUUCUUCUUCUUCUUCUUCUUCUUCUUCUUCUUCUUCUUCUUUUUCUUCUUCUUCUUGUUAGUUAUUGUUACCGUGGCUGUUCCCCUCCCCCUCCUCCUCCCCCUCCUUGUUGUUAUCCCUGUGUUAUACUUGUCACAUACGUGUUCUGGGACUUAUUAUAGAUGGUUAUGUAUUCCUAGAUGAGAGAGAGGGUAUUUUUUUCCUCCUCUCUCUCUCUUUCUCUCUUUUUUUUCUCUCUUCUCUCUCUCUCUCUCUCUCUCUCUCUCUCUCUCUCUCUCUCUCUCUCUCUCUUUUAAUAUAUUUCUUUCUUUUUUUCUCUCUUUCUCUCCUUCCUUCUUUCUUUCUUCCUUCCUUUCCCUAAUUCUUCCUUCUUUUCCUUUCUUUCUCCUUUCUUUCCUCUUUUCAUUUAUCUUUUCCCUUGUCUUUCUUUUUUCUUAUUUUCCUUCUUUUCCUUCUCUCCUUUCCCUCCUUCCUCCCUUAAUAUUUUCCUUCCUUUCCUUCUUAAUCUAAAUCUAACGUUCUGAGGAUAUGAAUUUUUUCCUCCUUUUUUUUUUUUUACUUCCUCUCUUCUUUUCCUUCCUGUCCACUUGCGUCAUUCCUCCUCCUCCUCCUCCCCCUCUUCCUCCUCCUCCUCCUCCUCCUCCUCAUUAUCAACCCCAAACUGUACAAAGAAUAUGGCCUUACACACACACACACACACACACACACACACACACACACACACACACACACACACACACACACACAUGUACAGAUUUUAACCUAUUGUGAAAUAUUAUAUAGCAUUUACAUUGUUAGUAUAUUAUUAUUAUUAUUAUUAUUAUUAUUAUUAUUAUUAUUAUUAUUAUUAUUAUUAUUAUUAUUACUAUUAUUAUUAUUAUUAUUAAACUUAACACUAACACUUUCACUCACUACUAAGUUGUUGUUGUUAUUGUUAUUAUUAUCAUUAUUAUUGUUAAAGAAAGAAAAGACACGAGCAUAUGUUUUAAGGUUUUAAGGAGUGUGUGUGUGUGUGUGUGUGUGUGUGUGUGUGUACAAAUAUUUACUAUACCGGUUGAGUGAGUUACUAUACAUACAAAAAACUAUGCCAAUAUUUUGUCGUAAGGGAGAAAAUGAACAGAUACAAGAAAUCAAUAAAAUAUAUACCCAGUGA